UGAGAUCGGCUUCUCUGCCAAACCUCAGCCUCAGUCAUUAAAGUGGAGUAUUAGGGAAUCAAUCCUUCAUAUCUUUCAAAGGGUAACUCCUCCCCAACCCAACUACAGCCUUUAAUACAGGUGGCAUGGACUGCAGAGCUGCUUCUGUCUUGAGUUUGAUCUGCAAACAGCAUGGGGACUCUUCAGGAAAGAAUCAUUGUUCUCUCCGUCCUUCUUUGUUUGAUCUGUGCUGUUCAGGUCAAUUCACUGCCUGUACCUGAAGACUGGAAUGGUUUGAUCCUGCGGACCAAGCGGUCACUCCUGUGGCGUUGGAACAGCAUGAAGCCUGUGGGCGCCAGCUGCAGGGAUAACUUAGAGUGUGGCACACAAUACUGCAGGAAAAAUAUCUGCUCCUUCAGGAACUCCACCUGAAGAGGACACACAAACAAAACAAUCCAUCAGGGUGACAGAGCAAACAUCCACCUCAUGGACCAAAGCGACCCGACUCAAAAUUAUGAAAUUACUGCUGUGGUAUCCUGGCUUGACCUGCUGGCACUUUAUCAGGCAGUCAGUUAAAGUAAUCUGAUCUGGCACUGCACUGCAGCAAAACAGAGCUGUAAAUGCUGCAUGAACAAUCAAACGGCUCCAUCUAAAGCGACAUUGAUUUUUAUGAUCUAGUUUGUCUAUAACACAGCACAUCAGACAGGCUAUGUAACAUGUUUUAAUAAGAAAAUAUAAAUAUUCAUGCAAAGUUUA